UCAGUUAGUAUUUGCACACUGGCGCGCGCGAAAGUUCCUUUGAGGUGCUCUUGAUCUUUUAACACCUCCUUCUGAGUGACGAAUAUCAGCUAAUCACGAGUGCGACCGCGAAGACACGGGCGAUCAUUCGUCAUCCGACAUUUGUGAAGUGUUCGCACGGUUUGUUAUGGCCGUUAGGCGAAGUUAAUGUGUGAAAUCCUUUAGGUUACGUGUGGACAAAAAAUAAGAUUUAGAUACCUACCCACUAGUGUAGAAGCGUGAAAGUGUCGAAGUUCCGCAACCGUGUCCAACAUGACUUUACGAUACGUGGAGAGAAUCCUACUCUUUGUUCUGCUAGCGGUGGUCGCGGUUCCUGGUCAGCAGUAUACCGGCGUGAAAUCCGUGUCAUCGUCGGAUAGUGAUGAUGUGCAACCGCCCUCUGGAGCCGGUCACGAAGCAAGCAAAACAGUUGGAGCAGCAGCGAUCUCCGGUCGAUCGAUUGGAAAGCCUUCUAACAGAGUACCGCUUUCGGAUAGUAAGAUCAUAAAGCUAACAAUUAAAACAAUCGAGCCGCAGGUAAUAUCCGGGUCCAGAGGCGCUAGGAAUCUGGGAUUCUCAGCUGAUGCUUCCCUGAAUGCGAUCCCCGGAGGGCUGAAUAACGAACUAACUAAUGCGAAUUUUAAGCCUCCGGUAACAUCAGCUUCAACUCUGGCAAAAGAUAGCUACGGAAAUCCGGUAACCCCUUACACGAUGCUUGCAUCAACUGGGCUGGAAUCUGUUGGAUUUUUGACCGAUGUCAAUAAGGACAAUUUGCACAGUUCAAAGACAAAUCAGAAUACUAACUUGAAUUUCAAGGUGCCCAGCUAUGCAUCUGGAAUUCUAGAACCUGUUUUGUUACCACCGAAUAAUUUCAACAACAAGCCUAAUCAGUACCCACAGGCUCCAACCAGCACCAGCAAGACCCCCCAACUGUUACCGAAUAUAAAAUAUCCAACCGUGGAAGAAGGAAAGAUCCUUUUCGCUCAGAAGCCAUUAAACGGUUUACUGCCUCCACUAUUCCCAGGGGAAGAAGGACCGUCAUACAAUGUUGAAAUUGGAACCGAACGUUCACCACCCUAUGCAAAAGAUCCAUUCAGUGGAUCACCGCUGGAUACUGAACCUAGACUACCUAAUGACAAACCACCAGUCGAUUUCAACCAAAAUGCUCAACAGCCUUUUAUUCCUCCUUCCCGGCCCGUGCAGACUCCCCAACAAACUCCGCAAAUACUUCAACCUGCUCUUCAAUCGCCCGUACCCCAACCCCAACCGCAACCGCAACCUCAACCACAACCAACACAAGCACCAACUCAAAAGUACACCGGCGGCUUUGGGGGAGCUCCUGGUUUUCUUGGUAACCAACAGAACCUCGGAACAGCAUACAAAUCUACCACUCCUAUUCCUCAAACUCCCCCAAAACCGGUCUCCUUCCAGCCCGCUCCCUUCCAACCACCUCCAACACAACCACCCACCAAAGCGCCAGGAUCAAGCUAUACGGGCAGUUUUGGAUUUACCAACAAUAACAAUCUUCAACCACAACGACCCAUCACUCAAAGCAUUCCUCAGCCAACCCAAGCACCAGCACCGAGCUACACCGGUGGUUUCGGAUUCGUGAAUAACAACCAGCAACCGCAACAACCGAAUUACCCACAACAGCCCCCUCAACCCCAACCAACCAAACCUCCCGGAGGAUCGUACACGGGUGGAUUCGGUUUUAACGGUAACAACAACAACCCACAGGUACAGCCACAACGUCCGAAUAAAUUCAACGGCAGUUUCGGUGGCGGUCCAGGCUUGCUUGGAAACCAGAUGCAACCGGGAACGCACGUAAAACCGGGUGGAACCUUCCUGUCACCUUCAUCUCCGGGAACAGCCGGAGUGAGCGGUCCCACUGGUGCCAUACCGGUGCCACCAUCGAAACCCGUCAGCAAACCGGCAGGGGUUACCUUCACUGGCAGUUUCGGGGGACCUCCAGGAAUCCUGCGUCCGUUCGAUAACGUUCAGGGCUAGAACUUGCUUCGGACGCUGGGGGUGGUGGAUUUAAAGGGUAUGCUCCCUUCCGGGAGCGCAGUUACCGUGAAAAGUAUUUUCGACCGAUUACGAUUACUGUUAGUUUCGGAUACCUUAGAUACCUUAGGGUAAGAUUGGGUGAUGUUGUCUUGAAAUAAACGUCGAUACCGAGCUGCAUUUCUACUGAUAUGACGGAUGAAUGAGGAAAUUUAUUUUUGAAAUAAAUUAUUACUAAGCUAAGAUACGGAAGAA